GAUUUCUGCUGCUCACGAACCCAAACCUGCCUACAUGGAUGUUGAACACAAUGAUAACUGAUUUUGAAGAUACUUAUUUAGGACACAAGAAUCAGAAAUUGUUGGUUUCGGGCGUUCACUAUGUUUAAGCGCACUGAGCAAAGAUGUAGCAGCAAUUGGUUCUAUUUAACCAACUAAACGAGAUGUCGCAGUUUCUUUCCGAUAAGCCCAUCUCAGCAUCUGUAAGCUCCCCAUCAUAGCCGUAUGUAUUGCGAUACUCGGUGGCAAUGUGAGUAGCUGCUUUGCGAUCAGCACUGGUUGCACCUGAGCUUGUGACUGUUGAUUGUAGCCAUAUCGUUUCGCAUCCUGCGACCCACGUAAUAAAGGUAGGUGAACCUUCAUCGACAACAACGACAUAUGCUUUCUUGAAAGUGGCGGGAAUGCUAAAUCUUUAGGGGGUGGCCUGCGUUGUUGGUUAUAUGACAAUUGUUCAGUCCCUCUUGCGACCAACUACAGCCAAUGAUGGCAGCAGACCCGCAACAAAUGGAAACGACCAGCUCUACAAUCAGCACGACCGCCAGGGCAUCUUGUCCAAUGGAAACCCUUGCUUCAUUCCUGAUCAAACUUCAACACCUUUCUUGACUGAUUGCGGCCUAUCGUCAUGACCCAUAGCAUACAUACUGCAGCUAUUCUAUAGCCAUGCUCCAACGGCGGCAGCCGGGGGAGGGAUUUUGCUGACCCGCACUCUUCGAAACUCGCUCAAAUCAUUAAUGAAUCUAUUUUGUAUUGGACAUGCUAGGAAAAAUCCUACUGUGUUGAAGAAGGACGAUUGCUUGUAUAAUCAGCUAUAUAUUUAUAGACCUGAGUGCUAAACGUAAAUUUAUUUCCGGAGCAGUCGCUUAACACUUUUUCGAGCUCCGCUUUGCGCUUCCAGAGAUCGCAGACAGCUAAACGUUUUCAACCCGCCGGACUUCUAUCAGGGUCACCGAAAGACCCGAUAUCCUUGCCGAAACUAGCCCAACCUUUUCCGCUGUGAAAUACUUCAAGAGACGGAUAUGACCUCCUUCUAUGACGAAGUGGAGAUCGAAGACAUGGACUAUGAUGCGGAGACUAAAACGUACUACUAUCCAUGUCCGUGUGGGGACAAAUUUCAGAUAACAGAGGACGAGUUGCAGGACGGUGAAGAAAUUGCACGGUGUCCGAGCUGCUCGCUUAUCAUACGAGUCAUAUACGACCCGGAGGACUUCCUGGAAGGAGGCAUAGGGGAUACGAUCGAUUUGGGUGUUACUGUUCGUGUGUAGACACCAAUUUGAAGAUGGGAGGCAGAGCGUUAAGGGGUUGGAUGAAGGACGGCCCAAUUUUCUACAUAGUAAUUUACCGUCGUACUGUCGCCAGUAGCGUAGCUUGAGAGAUAGCCGUUAGUGAGCCAUUGCUGUACAUUAAUUUCGUUUGCAUAUAUACAUAGAAGCGUUCAUCCAUUGUUAUUGUCGUUAUUGUCUCAAUGAAUUUUCAGACUUGUGCGAUCGUUU